AUGAUACCUUUGAUCGGACACCAACCAUUUUCCCACUCCCAUACACUGCGGAAAAUGGAUUGGAUUCAUACAACGACGGCUCUUUCGUAUCUUCUUCAGCAGGAUUUUUGUAAGAUCCGUCAGGAGGUUAUGUAUUGGCAGCGGCAUCCUGAAGAGGUCACCAGCAAGGGCUGUGCGAAGGCGAUCCCGGCGUACAAGGGCAUGCGCUCGUGUGCAACCCGGCGUGCAGCGCCCGUGCUAGGGACUUCCAAAGCGGCAGCGGCCCUAGCAGCAGCCGAGUCGAGCAUCCUCCAAAUCCAAAAUCCAAAUCCAAACGGAGUAAGGAAAGAUGGAUUGCCAGGCGGCACAGGCGGCACAGGAUGGCCAGGCGGCACAGCCGGCACAGGAUUGCCAGGCGGCACAGGCGGCACAGGAUUGCCAGGCGGCACAGCCGGCACAGGAUUGCCAGGCGGCACAGGCGGCACAGGAUUGCCAGGCGGCACAGCCGGCACAGGAUUGCCAGGCGGCACAGGAUUGCCAGGCGGCACAGCCGGCACAGGAUUGCCAGGCGGCAAAGCCGGCAAAGGAUUGCCAGGCGGCACAGGAUUGCCAGGCGGCACAGCCAGCACAGGAUUGCCAGGCGGCACAGGAUUGCCAGGCGGCACAGCCGGCACAGGAUUGCCAGGCGGCACAGGCGGCACAGGAUUGCCAGGCGGCACAGCCGGCACAGGAUUGCCAGGCGGCACAGCCGGCACAGGAUUGCCAGGCGGCACAGCCGGCACAGGAUUGCCAGGCGGCACAGGAUUGCACAGGCGGCACAGGCGGCACAGGAUUGCCAGGCGGCACAGGAUUGCCAGGCGGCACAGCCGGCACAGGAUUGCCAGGCGGCACAGCCGGCACAGGAUUGCCAGGCGGCACAGCCGGCACAGGAUGGCCAGGCGGCACAGCCGGCACAGGAUUGCCAGGCGGCACAGGCGGCAAAGGAUUGCCAGGCGGCACAGCCGGCAAAGGAUUGCCAGGCGGCACAGCCGGCACAGGAUUGCCAGGCGGCACAGGCACAGGAUGGCCAGGCGGCACAGCCGGCACAGGAUUGCCAGGCGGCACAGGCGGCAAAGGAUUGCCAGGCGGCACAGCCGGCACAGGAUUGCCAGGCGGCACAGCCGGCACAGGAUUGCCAGGCGGCACAGGCGGGGCAGGAAUGCCAGGCGGCACAGCCGGCAAAGGAUUGCCAGGCGGCACAGGAGGGGCAGGAGGGCCAGGCGGCACAGCCGGCAAAGGAUUGCCAGGCGGCACAGGAGGGGCAGGAGAGCCAGGCGGCACAGGAGGGGCAGGAUUGCCAGGCGGCACAGGAGGCACAGGAUUGCCAGGCGGCACAGCCGGCACAGGAUUGCCAGGCGACACAGGAUUGCCAGGCGGCACAGCCAGCACAGGAUUGCCAGGCGGCACAGCCGGCACAGGAUUGCCAGGCGGCACAGCCGGCACAGGAUUGCCAGGCGGCACAGCCGGCACAGGAUUGCCAGGCGGCACAGCCGGCACAGGAUUGCCAGGCGGCACAGCCGGCACAGGAUUGCCAGGCGGCACAGCCGGCACAGGAUUGCCAGGCGGCACAGCCGGCACAGGAUUGCCAGGCGGCACAGCCGGCACAGGAUUGCCAGGCGGCACAGGCGGCACAGGAUGGCCAGGCGGCACAGCCGGCACAGGAUUGCCAGGCGGCACAGGAUGGGCACAGGCGGCACAGCCGGCAAAGGAUUGCCAGGCGGCACAGGAGGGGCAGGAGGGCCAGGCGGCACAGCCGGCACAGGAUGGCCAGGCGGCACAGCCGGCAAAGGAUUGCCAGGCGGCACAGCCGGCACAGGAUUGCCAGGCGGCACAGCCGGCACAGGAUUGCCAGGCGGCACAGCCGGCACAGGAUUGCCAGGCGGCACAGGAGGGGCAGGAGGGCCAGGCGGCACAGGAGGGGCAGGAGAGCCAGGCGGCACAGGCGGCGCAGGAAUGCCAGGCGGCACAGGAGGCGCAGGAUUGCCAGGCGGCACAGGAGGGGCAGGACAGGCGGCACAGCCGGCACAGGAUUGCCAGGCGGCACAGGAGGGGCAGGAUUGCCAGGCGGCACAGGAGGCGCAGGAUGGCCAGGCGGCACAGCCGGCAAAGGAUUGCCAGGCGGCACAGGCGGGGCAGGAUUGCCAGGCGGCACAGGCGGCGCAGGAUUGCCAGGCGGCACAGGCGGCGCAGGAUUGCCAGGCGGCACAGGAGGGGCAGGAGGGCCAGGCGGCACAGGAGGGGCAGGAGAGCCAGGCGGCACAGGAGGGGCAGGAAUGCCAGGCGGCACAGGAGGGGCAGGAGGGCCAGGCGGCAAAGGAGGGGCAGGAGAGCCAGGCGGCACAGGAGGGCAGGAGGGCCAGGCCGAUCAGGGUGACUGUUAAUAGUGUCCGGGGGACGAUGGGCAGGUAG